GUCCAUUUAAAUGUUUCUGGUAAUCCCUGGUGACUGAGAUAUAAAAACCAACCACAGCCCAGUGCAGAAUGUUUCUCUGCGUAAAAAGAUCUACCAUGCGUCUUGUGUUAAGUUUUGUCUUAGUCUUGGCAAUAGCCUACGCCAAACCUUCUGCAAGAGGGUUGGAUUUGGCUCGUCUAACCAGAAGCCGAUACGACAAGAUUGAUGCUGCUGGUUGUGGCCAGAGACCUCUAGCUCCAGGAAACGGAGCCUCAGAAGUAGCGCUGAGAAUCGUCGGAGGACAAGAAGCUGUUCCUUACUCUCACCCAUCCAUUUGCAGUCUUCGUUACACCACAGCACCAACCCAUCACUUCUGCGGUGGUACUUUAGUGAAGAAUUUGGCGGGAGAAUACUACUUUGUCACAGCUGCCCACUGUGUAUACGGAGAACCCAGAGCCAGCCGUUACGAAGCUCACUGCGGUAUCCACGACAGAUCUGACCUCAGAGAACCCCAUCGUGUGAUCGUCCACUUCAGCGCACUGACCAGCCACCCAUUGUACGAUGACUGGACCAUUGAUUACGACAUUGCAAUUUUCAAAGUCUCCACGGCACUGCCAACUAACAACUACAUUUCAGCCGUCUGCAUUCCCAACGAGGGUUGGUUUGAGGGCGAAAAGGGCAUAGUUGCUGGCUGGGGUACCUUGACGUCUGGAGGGGAUUCCCCUUACAAACUUCACCAAGUACAGAAGCCCAUUAAGUCCAGGGCCACAUGUGAACAAAGAUACGGUGCUGGCUCGAUCAGUUUGAGAAUGUUGUGCGCUGGUUUACCGCAAGGUGGAGUUGAUUCAUGCCAGGGUGAUAGCGGUGGCCCACUCUACACAUUGAGAGAAAACAGAUGGACUUUGACAGGUAUUGUCAGUUGGGGAUACGGCUGCGCUGAAGCUGGCAGACCAGGUGUCUACGCUGAUGUCAUUGAACUUAAAGACUGGAUUAACACCGUCAUCAACAGACUCUAAAAAAAUAGAACACAUUGUAUAACAAGUCAUUAAAACAACAACAUUCUAUUGGACAAGACGCUGUCAGUGUUAACCAAUCAUCAACAUAAAAAUAUGUGCUGUAACAUGCGAUUAGUAAAAGGCGUCACUGA